AUGUCCUGCUCCAGCCUGUGCGUGCCCAGCUGCGGCGUGGCCACCCCGGCCCCUCUGGCUGACACCUGCAACGAGCCCUGCGUGCGCCAGUGCCCCGACUCCACGGUGGUCAUCCAGCCUCCGGCCUCGGUGGUCACCUUCCCCGGGCCCAUCCUCAGCUCCUUCCCGCAGCAGAGCGCCGUGGGCUCGGCCGGAGCUCCCUACGUCGGCGCCGGCUCCGGGGGCGCCUUUGGCAGCCGUGGGGGCUACGGGGGCUGGGGCUCUGGAAGUUAUGGAGGUUAUGGAGGUUAUGGAGGUUACGGAGGUUGGGGCUAUGGAGGAUAUGGAGGUUAUGGGGGUUAUGGGGGCUAUGGGGGCUAUGGGGGCCUUGGGGGCUGCGGCUGGGGCGGCUGGAGCAGCGGCCACCGCUACCUCAAUGGCAACUGCGGGCCCUGCUAA